AUGGUUGAAGCGGUUAUCGGUAAUGAACAUAUUCAAGCAGAAAUUGAUUCCGGUGCCGGUCGAUCGGUUAUUCCUGAGUCAGUGUAUAGUGAACGACUUUCUGAGUACAAACUGAGUGCUGUUAAAACUACGUUAAGAUUGUAUGAUGGUACAAUUAUUCAACCUUUGGGACAGAUUAAUGUCGAUUUGACAGUUGGUGGUAAAAGUGUGCCAGCCUCCCUUCUUGUUGUCAAACAUGGAUGUAGGAUGCUUAUCGGCAGAGAUCUGAUGACCUUGUUAGGAUUUCGAUUGACCCAGAUUAAUUCGCUCGAACCAGAUGAAGAAUUACGUAAGUUGUUACAAGAGUUCGAAUCACUUUUUGAUGGUAAGCCAGGUUGUUAUAAAUAUGAAAAAAUUGAUAUGAGGAUUAUUGAAAAUGCUAAUCCUAUUUUUUGCAAGCCUAGACCGGUACCGUUCGCUUUUAAAGGGGAAAUGGAUGGACAAUUGGAUAAAUUAGUUAAAGAUGAAAUUAUUUCUCCUAUAGCUGACAAUGAAUGGGGAACGCCCUUGGUACCAGUACUUAAGAAGGAUGGAGGUCUUCGCGUUUGUGCAGAUUAUAAAGUAACCGUCAACAAAGUUCUGGAGGAUGUUUGCUUGCUUGCUUCCUUAUCAGGUAGAAAAAAGUUUUCAAAAUUGGAUUUGGCAAGUGCAUUCAAUCAACUCCAGGUUACAGAAAAGACUUCCAAGAUUCUUGCUUGGAGUACUCAUAGAGGCAUCUUCAAGGUCAACCGAGUUCCAUUUGGUCCGAAAACUGCUGUGGCAAUUUUUCAAAAAAUCAUCGAGAAAACGUUACAAGGUGUUCCCAAUGUUGUGAUUUUUUUGGAUGAUGUUGUUGUCACCGAGCGAGAUUAA